UUACAGGAGGUGGAUGUAACUGAGGAGGAUGAUUCAUCACUCUCAGAAGAGAGACGUUUGAGUGAGCCAAGAUAUGUUCCACUUAAACUACAAGAUGCACAAGAAAAAAGCUCUGAUGGAGAGUCUGAUGACUCUUCUAUUAAGUCCGUCCGCUUUAGCAAGUUAACAGAGGUUCGGCAGAUGUCAGAAACCGAAGCAGUCGAUGCUAUGAUGUCUCGCUUGUCAUUCUCCGCUUCUGUUCAUGCUGAGCAGUUGGCUAUGCAGGCAGCGAACAAAUUAUCCAUUAAAGAAGUCAUGAAAAUUUCAAGUAUAUUUUGCUUGCUGUGGUUUGCAGGAAAUUACAGCUACCAAAUAGCAUUGAGUGAUAGUGAAGCUGGGGUUGUUAAUGUAAUUUCAUCAACUUCAGGGUUGUUUACCCUCAUCCUUGCCUCAAUCUUCCCAUCAUCUGUAAUGGACAAGUUUACACUCUCCAAAUUAGCUUCAGUUCUUUUGAUGGUACUGGGUGUGGUUUUAGUGAGUUUGGAAGAUAUCAGCCUUGAGAGUUCGUCUGUUCCUAUUGGUGUGAUAUGGUCACUUGCUGGGGCUGUUCUGUAUGCCUGUUACAUGGUCUUCCUCAAACGUCGAGUACCAACCGAAGAUCGUAUGGAUUUUACAAUGUUCUUUGGGUUUGUUGGUUUAUUCAAUGCCCUCAUCUUGUGGCCUGGAUUUCCCCUGAUGGAUAUUUUGGGAUGGGAAACAUUUCAGUUGCCAAAUCUUAAGCAGCUUGUCUACAUGUCUAUCAAUGGAUUAGUAGGCACUGUAUUGUCUGAGCUCCUGUGGCUUUGGGGGUGUUUUUUGACUUCAUCCUUGAUGGCUACUCUCUCCCUGAGUUUGACUAUUCCCCUUACAAUGUUUGUGGACAUCUGGCUCAAAGGCGUUAAGUACUCGCUGCUCAUUUAUGUAGGUUCAGUACCCAUGAUGGUAUCCUUUAUUGCAGUAACACUUCUCACACAUUAUGAAAAUUGGGACCCACUGAUGGAUGGAAUGAAAUGCCUUCAUAGAAAGUGUUGGAGAAGAAGCCAUAUGUAUAGUUUGGUCGAUACAGAAGGAUUGGAAAGAGAAAGUUUGAUAGUGAACAGUGAUGAUAUGGAUGAAGGUGAAGAUGAGGAAGAUGAGGAGGAGGAAUUGGACACAACACUCAUCAAUAAUUCCAUUACUGUUCAUAAUACUGCCACAGUCCACAUUAGCAACUCUCCCAUCAUCAAUAACACUGCCAUUCCAACCUCCACAAACCAUAUUAUCACCAAUCAUGUCUAAUAUUACUGUACAAACCUAACUUAUUUAUUACUCUUUAAAUGCUUGAGUGUAAGAUAUCUUGAGUCCAAAUAAAUUUCUUAGUUUUUAUCCUGCACUUAAUAUAAAAGUUGCCUGAACUAUUUUUUUAAGGUAUAAUUAUAUCAUGUAUUUGGCAGUGGUGCUUUAAGUUAUGAAGAUCAUAGAGCAAUGAAUAAUCUUCAGACUCAUAUUUCAUAACUAGGAAAUAAUCCUGGUUCCAGUGAAGAUUCCAUUCAGAAUGAGAGAGUAAAGAGCAAGCAAAUUGCUCUCCAUCAGUAACUGAUAAUUAUAUAAAUUGCAGAUAGCAUGUAAACUACUUUCUAUAAUCUUUGGUCAGAACUAGCUUUUUGCUAUCAUAAAUUUUGAGAAGCGUGCAGAGACAUCACAAUUAAGACGACUUUUUCAGCUGCCGCAUCCCCACUCUAGCAAACUAAUUUUUUUAGAAGAGUUAUCUGACAUACUCUCAUAACAGGAUACCUGAUGAAUAGUUCUUCUGUAACGUAAAAUAAGUAAUCAUAAUUUUUUUUCAUAAAUGGUAUAUAUGAGGAUAUUUUACGAUAUAUAUUUGUUUAUUUAUGUCGUACACAUUUUCUUUUAUCUUAGGAGAGGAAACCUGUGGUGACAUUGUGGUCCAUCCUGUACCAUUGUUAAGUCACAACUGAAUGAGGAAAAACAGUGAACCAGAAGACAGAUUGGAAAAGGGAGGGAAGAACGUAGUGGAAGUAAUAGAAGUAGUAGUAGUAGUAGUAUGUAGUAUAGCAGUAUAUUAUUUCUGGUGUAAUGAUCAGUAAAUUUUGCAGCUCCUAUUAACAAAACCUAAAUAUUGCACUUUUUAAACUUAGGGUAUGUAGGUUACAUACUCUAACCAGCAAGGUGUAGGAGGUGUCGGAGAGAGGAAGAUGUUCCAGUAAAAGUAGGCCUAGAUAGGGAUGUGUGAUGCCACCAUUUAUAGAUGGGGUUAUAAAAGAAGAGAAUGUUAUGGUGUUAGGGAGAGGUGUGUGAUUAAAAAACAGUGAAUCUAGUACUGAGUGUAAGUUGUCACAGUUACUUUUGGCCAAUGACAUGGUUCUUUUAGGAGAUUUGUAAGAGAAGCUGCAAAGCGAAUUUGGAAUGGUAUGUAAAAGAAGGAAAUUAAAAGUAAACACGGGAAAGAGCAAGAUGAUGAAAGUAUCAAAAAAUAUAUACAGAGAGAGAUUGGAUAUUAAAUUGGAGGGAGGAAGUAAAUUUUUUUUUUUUCAACAAGUUGGCCAUCUCCCACCGAGGCAGGGUAAAUGUGUUCAGAUAUUUGGGAGUGGACCUGUCAGCAGAUGGUUCUAUGUGAGAUGAGAUGAACAAUAAAAUUGAUAAAGGAAAAAAUAUGGGUGGUGCAUUGAGGCAUCUUUGGAGACUAAAGAACUUGAUCCAUGGAAACAAAAUGGGAAGGCACUAGAGUAUAGUGGAACAAAUGCUGUUAUAUGUGUGUGAAGUAUGGAUUUUGAAUGUUGUAGUGAGGAGGCUGGAGGUAAUAGAGAUGUGUUUGAGUUCAGCAUGUGCUGUAAAUGUUAUGCAGACAAUUUGGAGAUUGGGAGGAGGAAUGGAUUUGCCAAAAUUAUUAUUCAGAGGGGUUGGACUUCUGGAGCAAAAUUGGAUGACUAGAAGGGUGUAUAUAUCUGGGAUGAAGGGAGGAAUGGUAGGGGUCAUCCAGGGAAAGGUUGGAGGGAGGAGGGGGUAAAGGAGAUUUUGAGUGUUAGGGGCUUGGACAUCCAACAGGUUUGUGUGACCAUGUUAGAUAGGAAUGAAUGGAGGCAAGUGGUUUUCAUGAUUUGAUGAGCUGUUGGAGUGUGAGCCAAGUAAUAUUUAUGAAGGGAUUUAGGGAAACUGAUUAGCUGGUCUUGGAGUUGGGAAGUGCAGUGCCUGCACUCUGAAUCGGGUGGGCAUGCUGCAGCUUGGAGGUUAUCUGACCUGUGAUGUUGGUGCCCUUCUGGCAAGACAGUAAUUGAAUAAGUGAAGUGAAAGUGUUUUCUUAUUUGUCAGGUCACCCUACUUCAGCAGGAGACAGCUGAAAAUUUGGACAUAUGUGCAAACCUCUGGGUAUCUUUAUUGUAGACAUUUUGCCAUCCAGUGGUUUUAUCAAUAAAGAUUCUAGGACAUAAUUUGAAGACAGUAGAACUAUAUACAAAAGAUGAGGUAAUCAGUCCCUCAGCCUUGGAUUUGGUGUGAAGAUCACUGUAACCAUGUAGAUGCACUGAACCAAAGUAGUCAUACAGAACUGUGGGAAUGGGAGAUAAUCAGGAAUGAUUUAAUGAAUGGGAGAUAAUCAGGAAUGAUUUAAUGAAUAUGGGAUAAUCAGGAAUGAUUUAUUGAAUUGGAGAUAAUCAGGAUUUAUUCACUGAAUGUGAGAUAAUUAGGAUUGAUUUGAUGAAUGGGAGAUAAUCUGCAUUGAUUCAAGAAUGCAAGGGGUAGCUUUAAUACUUGGGUCAAGUGGCUUUUUGCCAACAUCAAUGCACAUUCUCUCCUUCCCUUGAAGAAACGCACUUCCAGCAGUAACUUCUGCAUGCCAAAGAUGCUGUGGAUUUUUCACUGCUUCCAGUAGAAAUGCCAAAAAAUUCCAGGCCCUACCACUUUUUGUCUAAAUUCCAAUGUUUUUUCUGCAGCAAAUGUUGCUGAUAUGGAAUUGUUCCAUAUCAAGAGAAAUCAUAGUUACUUGCAACCAAGUUUGGGUUGUAUGGUAAAUGAUUGAAUUGUGUACUCAGGUGGGACAUUGUAGGAAUAAGAACCAAAAUACUUUGCUUAUCAAGCUGUUUUUACUGCAUAGAUGUUACAAGUAUGAAAAUUGCAAGAUUUAACAAUUUGUUGGGCACAUUAGAAUGCUAAAUCUUGCAACUUUCAUAUUUGUAAUAUCUUUGCAGUUAGAAAAUAUCUUGAUAAGCAGAUGUUUUGGUCCUUAUCUAUGCCUUUGUUUUAUCUUGAAUUGAUUUUUGCAACUGUUUGUAAAUUUGCCUGAGCACAUGCUAAAAAAAAAAAAAUUCAGUCUGCAUUGAAUUGCGCAGCUAGACUUACUUUUUCUCCCAACUAAGAUUCACACUGGUCCCUACUGAUAUGAGUUGCAUUUAUGUCUUACGCUAGUUUCUUGAACUAGAGUUAGGGUACAGGAGGGCCCUGUUUGUAUGACUUUUAGGUUUUGACCCUGUACGGAAAGUGAAAAUUGCUGGCAAUACGAAAAGAGUGGUUUUUCAUUAUCAGAUGCAUCUAAAACGUCUGAUAGCAUGAUUACACUCUCAUGUAUCAGUACAGCUAGGCAUAAAACAGUAAAAUAAAUACAUAGUACAUAUCAUGUAUCAGUACAGCUAGGCAUAAAACAGUAAAAUAAAUACAUAGUACGUACAUACAAUCCUUACUUUAAAAUGUGGUGCUGCUCGCCCUUCCUUUACACAUCUGUUGUAUGGAAGCUGGGAAAAAGUGGUAAAAGCACCUAACAUAAUGAACAAUGGUUCAGUUGAAAGUCAAUGAAAAUGUGAAACACCAAAAAGAGGUACUGUAUAUGUGGGACCCUCCUGUACACACUUUUUAUACAUGGGAAGCACUGAACCAAAGUAGUCAUACAGAACCGUGGGAAUGGGAGAUAAUCAGGAAUGAUUUAACUCUUUCAGGGUUUCAGCUGUACUAGUACGGCUUACGCACCAGGGUUUUUGACGUACUAGUACGCCUAAAUUCUAGCACCCUCAUCUAGUGAGAGAAAGCUGGUAGGCCUACAUAUGAAAGAAUGGGUCUAUGUGGUCAGUGUGUGCGGUAUAAAAAAAUCCUGCAGCACACAGUGCUUAAUGAGGAAAAAAAAAACUUUGACCAUGUUUUUGGAUUAAAACAGCGACUUUGCACUGUGUUUUCAUAUGGUAUUUAUUGUUGUAUUCUAGUUUUCCUGGUCUCAUUUUAUAGAAUGGAAGACAUAUUACAGAAAUUGAGAUGAUUUUGACUGGUUUUACAAAGAAAACUACCUUGAAAUUGUGCUCAAAGUAGCAGAAAUGUUUGAUUUUUACCAAAGUUCAAAGGUAAACAAAUCAUGCUAUGUGUAAAAUACACGUCAACUGGUGAGUCUAAUAUUCUUUCACAAGUGCACUGAUAAUAUUUAUACCAUUUCUACACCAAUGCAGUAGUCCUGCAUAACAGUAAAUCUUCUAUUAUUUUGUGAGAAUAAAAAUUCAAAGUGGAAAGCAAAAGAAUGUAAUAGGGGCAUGGGGACGUGACUAAUGAACAGAGGAAAUAUUAUUUUAGUACCAGGAAUGUCUUUCUUGUUUAUUCUGGACCCUAUUCGGAAAUUGGCAUCCUUUGAAAUUUGUGUGAAAUUGGCAAAAUUGCUAAAUUCUGACCACUGUAUUGGAUAGUUGAAAUCGGUAAAUGGAUGGUUUUUUGUACUCAUUCGAUAGAAAAAAUGGAGUUCUAGCGAAAUAGUUAUGAUUUUUUCGACAAGUACACUGGAAUUGGCCGAAAAUAGGACUCAAAGUGGGCAAAAAUUGCCGAUGCGUAAACAUCGUCAAGACCACUAACUUUGCGAGAGCAUAAUUCCAUAAGUUUUCCAUCAAAUUUCAUACUUUUGGUGUCAUUAUGAUCGGGAAAAGAUUCUCUGUCUUUUCAUAAGAUUUUUUUUUUUUUUUUUUUUUUUUUUUUUUUUGAAAUUUGGCCGACCCUGAGAGGGCCUGUCGACCCUGAAAGGGUUAAUGAAUGGGAGAUAAUCAGGAAUGAUUUAAUGAAUGGGAGAUAAUCAGGAUUUAUUCACUGAAUGUAAAAUAAUUAGGAUUGAUUUGAUGAAUGGGAGAUAAUCUGCAUUGAUUCAAGAAUCCAAGGGGUAGCUUUAAUACUUUGGAUCAAGUGACUUUUUGCCAACAUCAAGGCACAUUCUCCCCUUCCCUUGAAGAAAUGUACUUCCAACGGUAGCUUUUGCAUGCCAAAGAUGCUGUGGAUUUUUCACUGCUUCCAGCAGAAAUGCCAAAAAAUUCCAGGCCCUACCACUUUUUGUCUAAAUUCCAAUGCUUUUUCUGCAGCAGAUGUUGCAUUAAGACUAGUUAUGUCUGUUAUUUAUCCAGAAUUAUAACCAUCAUCAGUCUAUUAAAUGCCAUAUUUAAACUUUGUUAUUCAUUCUAUCACUAAAAGUAAUGGGGAUUCUCUUUAACACAGUCAUGCUUUGCUUAAGCAAUAAAGCCUUUCAGUGAUUAAAAAUAAUACAGCCUCUCCUCACUUAGUGACAUACUUGUUUAUCAAUGACUUGGACUUAUGAUAGGCUCUCUGACCAGUAUGCAUAAUUAAAUAAUGUAUAUUACAAUAUACAGCACACUACUGUAUAAACGUUUAAAAAUAUGCCAGAAGUGUUAUAAAUGGUGCAAAGGUGACAUUAAAACAGUAUCAAAGAUAGUUGACACAAACCCAUUACCAUUAUAGUAUGCUCCUCACUUACUGAUGAAUUCAUUUACUGAUGUGGUCUUAUGAACGGAACUCCAUCAUUAAGUGAGGAGAGGCUGUAUAACUCUUUUAGAAUUGGUAAUACAGAAUUAAAUUAAACAUCUUUUAUAAGUACAAGUAUUUUUUGCUUAAAGAAGUUUUGUUUCAGCACAAGGUGAAUUUUUGUACAGCAAGACAUUUUUAUUUUAAACAGCUGCUUCUUACCAAUAUAGUGACCCUGAAAAGAAUAUUAAUGAUUAUUUGUUUGCUAGGUGUCUUCUCCUAGAAGUGCACAAACAUCACAAUAUAAAUUAACCACGGAACUACAACAUUCCCUACUAGUCCUUCAGAAUGCAGGUAUUUUACUUUCUAUCUCCACAACUUGAUAUCAGGAAACUGGGUUCACUGUUAUUGUCCGGUAGCAUGUUAAAUUGUAAAAGCGACUUGUCUCUACUCUGAACUAACAUGUCCAUACAUUUCUGCUGGAUAUCAAAGAUCCUACCUCUUGAAACUUCAUCCAUUUCUUUCUUAUAACCCUUCCUGGGUUGCCCAAUACAACUCCUUUUAUUCAUCAUGGAUUUAUACUCUCUCUCAGUUAACCAUUCUUGCUCUGUCUUGUCAAAGUUACCAAACAAUUUCAACAUGAUAUUUUCUGCUCUCAAUUUUAUACCUCCCAUACCACUACCUUGCCAUUUAAUGUCUUCAUUCCUUAUUCUUUACAUAAUAUUCAUAUCACACAUUAAUCACAAAAAUGGCAUCAACACCAUCUCUAUCUUCCUUGCUGCAACAUUGAAAAACCAUGCCUCACAUCCAAACAAAUGUUUUGGCUCCUGUAUAGGGGAUUCUGGUGCAUUUCCCCUCUUAUUGCAUCCAUUAAUAAAUUUUUUCCCACAGAUUCUCAAAAUCAUUUUGUUUUAUAUUCUUUAAUUAUAUACUAACCUAACAACAGUCAGUUUUAAAAUGAGUACUGCCUGUCUGAAGGUUCAGACAGGCAAAAUUUUUUAACACCAUAACAUUUUCCAUUACAGUUUCACUCCACUAUUCAGAAUAUAUCAAGACCAGGUGCUUUUUCUUAAUAUUGAACUGUUGGUAAUAAGCACUGUACAGGUGCGGUAUUAAAUAGUAUAUUUACCACUCAUGUUCAGAUAAAUCAGUUUUAUUAUCAUUCAUUGUUUUGAUUUAAGUAUUAUAGGUGACUUAUGUAUCAUCUGAGGUAGUAGUAGUUGCUACUAAAACUAAGUAUAAUUACAGUGCACUUAUUGCAAAAAUGGGCAUCAGAGCUCUAAAUGGUACAGGAAGUGGUUGAUAACCUUGCCUUCAGAUAAUCAUAUCUACCUUACUAUUUGAAUGAAUGCAAUAUUUGUUUAAUGUUAAACUAAAGUCAUCAGGUCUACCGUAUUCAUCGUGAACUUGCACAUUAAAGCAGGGGGUGAAUUAUAUUUGGAAUACAUGCCUUCCUGUGCUCCACCAGUUAACCUCUGUUCUUCAAGCAUAAGACAGUGCUGUAAUUGACACUCAUUCACUUUGUCACUCAUUGCUUUCUAUGCUUUGUGCUGUUAACGUGUUUUACACCUUUAUAUUUCUUAUCAUAAUCACUAGGCUACUGCACAGGUAGUGCUAGUAGCCUAGUUUGUAGAGACUUACUAAUUCAUGUGUUUUCGCUGAAGGACUUUUCAUAAAUAGCCUCGAUUAUUGGCAUUUUUAUUUUUGUAUUGCACUUGACUUGGCUUUCCAACAUACAAAUCUCUCUCUUUUUCUUUUCCCCCAAUCAUUCUCUUUAUGAACAUUAAUAUUAACCUUAUGAGAUAGAUAUUUAAAGAAAUAUGACCUCUGAAACUCAAAAUGAAUCCAAAUUUGAAAUAAUAUUUAUCAUAGGACAUAGUUUUGUAUUUGUGGAUUCUAAUGUUACAGCACCUCUGGGAAUAUAACCCCCAUGAAUUUGGGUGUUUGACUGUACAUUCUUUUUUAACUGCUUUGAUGCAGGUCUUGUAGAUAAAUAUUAUCUGGGGAAGAAAUUACUGAAACUGCAUAACUAUUAUUAACCCGUAAAUGGUCCAAACGUAUAUAUGCGUUUUUUCAACAUUUGAAAGUAUGUAGAUCUUCUUUCUGUUUUUUUUACAUUUGAAAAUGUGUAAAAAAACUUUGAUCUACUUUUUUUUUUGUUACAUUUGAAAAUAUGUAAAAAAAAAACGUAGAUCUACUUUUGUAGCACUACACAUGUGAACAUAGAUCUGCUUGGACUGUUUACAGGUUAAGUUAAGUAAGGAAUAAUUCUGUUUUUAAUAUACUGUAUUUACAGGUAUAGUCAUGUUGUAGAAUUAGGUCUGAAGUGACAUUGCCAUAAAAAUUUGGAAUUCAAUGUGAUAUAGAAUAAAAGUUUGCCUGUCUGCUAUUGGAAGGAAGGGGAAAUAAACUGGGACAAGUGGGCAGAAGCAAAACUAGUGAGUGUUGCAUUGCAUCUUAUGUUAAAGCAAUAUGGGAGAUGCGUAUUGACACAAGUGAGUAUGGAAUAGUGGAGCUUAUAUUACACGUUUAGGAUUAUUUUGCAUUAGAAUUAGAAUUAGUCACAUUGCUUAAUUUUUUUUUCUGAAAACUGGAAAGCAUUGUGAAGAUAAACCCUCUCUGCAUAAGUAUAAUGUUAGACCAGUCAGGGAAUUAAGUAAUGGAAUUAUAAUCAUGGCCAAAAUUUAGUAAAUACUGCACUUGCAGUAUUGGAUUACUAUACAUAUUUGCAGUUGCAAUCAAGAAAUUUAUUAUUUUUUUUAAAUGAUAAAAUAAUAGAAAAUACUGUAGUAUGGCAUGUGAAUUUGUUUGGUAUACAGAAGGUUAUCUUUACCAUUGUCGAUAAGCUGGUUUAAGAAUGUUUACAUUAUUGUAUUGUGCGUAAAUGCAGCAGCGAGGAGACGGUUGGAGGCAGUGGAGAUGUCCUGUCUAAGGGCAAUGUGUGGUGUAAAUAUUAUGCAGAAAAUUCGGAGUGUGGAAAUUAGGAGAAGGUGUGGAGUUAAUAAAAGCAUUAGUCAGAGGGCAGAAGAGGGGUUGUUGAGGUGGUUUGGUCAUUUAGAGAGAAUGGAUCAAAGUAGAAUGACAUGGAAAGCAUAUAAAUCUAUAGGGGAAGGAAGGAGGGGUAGGGGUCAUCCUUGAAAGGGUUGGAAAGAGGGGGUAAAGGAGGUUUUGUGGGCUAGGGGCUUGGACUUCCAGCAAGCGUGCGUGAGCGUGUUAGAUAGGAGUGAAUGGAGGCGAAUGAUACUUGGGACCUGACGAUCUGUUGGAGUGUGAGCAGGGUAAUAUUUAGUGAAGGGAUUCAGGGAAACCGGUUAUGUUCAUAUAGUCGGACUUGAGUCCUGGAAAUGGGAAGUACAAUGCCUGCACUUUAAAGGAGGGGUUUGGGAUAUUGGCAGUUUGGAGGGAUAUGUUGUGUAUCUUUAUAUGUAUAUGCUUCUAAGCUGUUGUAUUCUGAGCACCUCUGCAAAAGCAGUGAUAAUGUGUGAGUGUGGUGAAAGUGUUGAAUGAUGAUGAAAGUAUUUUCUUUUUGGGGAUUUUCUUUCUUUUUUGGGUCACCCUGCCUCGGUGGGAGACGGCCGACUUGUUGAAAAAAAAACAAAAAAACUUAGUGAUAUUGUGCACUAAACUUCUAGCUUAUUGUGCAUUAAGCAUUGCAGGAUAUAACACUGACAUCACCAGUCAGUGCAUUUAUAUACAAAAAAUGCCUUCAUGGAAGAUGAUUAAGAAGUCCCUUGUUAAGUGUUUCUCAAGCCUGUCAUCAUACAGUCUUCUAUCAUUCUGGUAAUUUUGUAUAUACCAUACUUCCCAACACAUUACUCACAAAUUUUAAAGCGGACAUUGUUGAGAGAAAAUAUAUUUAUUUGGAUGAAAACACAAGUGGGAUAGUAUUAUACCAGUUUCAUUGUAAAACUUGUAAUGCUGGAAAAGCUCUCUUGCUGAAAUUGGUGAAACUAAGUUUUUUUUUUGAACUAUAAAUCACAUCACAGCUUUUUGGUUAGUUAUCAAGUAACAUCUUUGUUUUUGUUAAUGUUUUGUAUUAUACAGUUUUGCUGAAUAUUGUGUUGUUUUAUGCAAAUGGGACAGUUAUACAGUAUAAUAAAAUACUUCAUGUUAAUUUGCUAGUUCUUUCCACAUGUGGAGUUGUGUUCCUUAAUUAUGGAGAACCUUCACAGAAUACUUUUUAAGUACCUUUUCCAAUUAUUUCUGGUUUUCUGCAAUGCCGGAAAGUUUUUCUGCUGUGAAUUCUUAUUUUAGAUUAAUUUUAAUUUUAACAAUAACAGUUUGGCUUUGUGAAUAUGAAAGUGACUUUACCCACGUGCAUACUUGCAAAAAAUGUGUGCCAGGGAAACCCUGGUACACACAGUUAUUCAGUUUCUAGACACACCGUUGCAGCUCUCAAUCAUAGGUAGUGCUGGACCUUGUGUUUGUUGGGGGUUGUUCAGGUUGGAACUUAAAGGGUGCCUUGUCUUCAGGGCAUGAUUACCUUCUUCAGGUGGGUGCAGUGAAUGUGCUGGUUAUCUGUCAGUUAUAUCUGGUGCUCAUGAGGGCAAUGUAGAUGGUCAAUCUACUCUGAUGGGCUAACUACUCUAUUCUUUUUAAGUAUUAGGAGGGUCCUAUAUGCUCUAUGGGAGGCUGAGUGACAUUAUUGCAUGACAUUAUACCUAGGGCAUCUGAGCUUGGCAUAGCUAGCCUUUAAUCAUUAACAGGUAUACUCACUCCCUUAUCCAUGCCUGGUCAGCUUCAGUGCAACAGUAGGCACUUUCUUCUGUUACAUAUUAUGAGCAUCAUGUCUCCAUGUCUCAAGGUUGGAUCGAUUUCUGUCUGGCAUUGAUUAGUCAUCCAUGUUGGGUGAGUAUGUGUGUGCAAUUAUUUGAUGUACUUGCCUGCUUUUUAUUCUGGUGAUUACAUAUUUGAUAUUACCUUUUCAUAGUCAUAGGAGUAGAACCUAUCCUGCAGUGUCCUGUAUUUAGUGUAUCAUAAAGUUUAGUUUCUAGUGAUUAUAACACCUACUACCUCCUCUUUUAAGCUAUUCCAAUGUUCUACCAUUGUAUUCAAUUGUUCUUUCUUGGCUUAUUGUUAUCACCUCUUGUUCUACCAGUUGGUGGGAGUUAGGAUGUCUUCCUUAUCAAUUGUUUCAUAACUUGCUUAUGUAUGUAUGCAGUGGCAGAGAGUUGGUUUUGCAGGAUGCCAUUACUUUUGGCUUACUGCUCAGCUGAUGCAGUUCUUGUCCAGGACUGUUUACAGAGAUCCUCCUAUGCAUUAUUUCCAGCACAGUCUUUGUGUCUAAAGGAGCUGUGUUUCUGGGUAAUGGUGGUACAAUUUCAAGUGGGCUCCUGAAGGUUUCACAGCAGAAAACUACAUUUUGAACCUGGAAAGAUGCUUUUCUGUGUUUGGAGUCCUUGGUGGCCCAUAGGUCUGCCAUUUUCACACCUGUGGUGUUCUGGUUAAUAAUCAGAGCUGGGUGAAUGCAAAUGCCUCAACUGGUGCCUAUUAACUGAAACAGCAAUAAUGGUGCAUCAGUGGGCAAAUGGAGGUGGAGGCUGAAUGAGGCAUAAUAGCUUGCCUGAGAUCAUUCUGGGGUAAGAGAUGUCAGUGGUAGGAAAAAAUAGGUUUGAUGUAUUGCAGGUGGGCCUCUGAGUGGCUCGGGAUAUACGAAGGUCUUUUAAGGUUUAGAACACAGUUUUAUUUAAUUUCAUUAUGUUUUGGGCAUGCAACACUCCAAAAGACAUCGGCAUUCACAUCUUUUACACUGCCAUUUGUAAAUACAGUACAUUAAAGAGUUAUGGUGACAUUACACAUCUGUGGCACACUUACUGGAGAACACUUUCUCUUCUACAUGCUCUAACUUGAGAAUAAUUUCUCAUAAAAGCCUUUUACAACACAGUAAACCCUUGAUUUAAUGGACCUCAAUUUUACAGACUUCAGAAGUACUGGACAAAAUAUGCUGGGUCACUUGAUUUGAAAACACCAAAAAAUCUAUUGGUUACAGAAUUGUCCAUUAUUGUUACAAUUACUGCAAAAUAACCUUAUAUCUAUCCACCACAAUCACUAUUAUCAGUCACCUGCUCUGCCCUAUUAGUCUAUUAAGACGAAAGGUUUGGUGUAUUUAUUGUUACAAUAUAUCUUCUCUAUAAAUGUUUUUUCCACACUAUUAUUUUACAGCUUGUAUAGGAAGGCCCCUCUUGUAUAGCUCUUAGGUUUCUGUUCCUGUGCGAUCAGUGAAAAUCACUGGCGGAUGGAAAAGAGUAUUUUAUUUAGUAUCAAAUGCAUGAUAACAUGUUUACAUUAUCAUAUAUUAGGUGCUCAAUACAGGUAGACAUAAAAACAGAUAAAACAGUAAAAUAAAUACACAGUGUAUAUAUAAUACUUACCUUAACCCUUAAACUGUCCAAACGUAGAUCUACAUUUGCACGUGUAGCGCUCCGAACAUAGAUCUACUUUUUUUUACAUAAGAAACAAUGUAAAAUCAAAUGUAGAUCUACGUUUGGAGCGCUACGUGUGCGAACGUUGAUCUACGUUUGGACAGUUUAAGGGUUAAAAUAUGGCGCUGGUCGCCCAUCCCUUAUGCAACUGUUGUAUGAAAACAGUGGAAAAGAGGUAAAAGCACCGAACAUAAUAAACAGUGGCUCAUUUGAAAGCCACUGAAAAUAUGGAACACCGAAAAAAGGGUACCGAAUACGUAAGGCCCUCCUAUAUAUGGAAGGACCCAAAAAAAUAUUAUCAAUCUUUUCCUUUGGUAUAGGAAUCACUUACUUCUUUGGUAAUCACCCAAGAGACUUGCUGUGCAUUAGGUCUUGCCGGACAUUAUUACUUUUUUCUUUGGUGUUCACUGUUUACGGUAGACUUAUGAAUGGCUUAUUUAUAUUAGCUUCUAAAUUUUUAUUAUGUCUCAUCUCUGUAACAAAUUUAAGUUAAAUGAGAAAGACCAUUGUUCUGAGGCAAAUGUGACUGUCUGUUAUUAUAAAAUUUUAUUUAAAGGCACAAAAUUAGCUUAUAUUUGAAAAAAUGCUGAAGUGUGCUGUUUUAAUGGCCUAUGCAUUUUAACAAGUUUUAUAUUCCAUUAUUUCAUCAUUUAUGAGUAAAUGAUAAAAGUUCUUAAAUAAAAAACUGCACUCUUCUGAUUGACUGCACUUGCAUAAAGUAGAUUCUAAGCACAAAGGAAAUAAUAAAAAUGAAACACAACCCUCAUAAUAUUUAUACUUUAAUGCCAGAUAUAAUAUAUAUUUUUUGUUAGUAUUUAUUGUAUAGUAUUUGUUCUUUAUGUAGCAUUUUUAUUAAGCUGUACAUAUUACUUUUUAUGUUGUCAUAUAUUUUCUUAAUUAAAUGCUGAAAUACAGUAUAUUUACAUACUUUAUAUGUAUUAUGACAUAUAUAUGUGGGAUAAUGUGUAAUAAUUUAAUAUUAUAAAUAUAAUAUUGACAGUACAGUAUUUUUUAGUGUGUGAUUUGACUAAUGUACAAGUUGUUAUGUUGUAGAGAUGCAUAUAUUUUUUUUUGUCUUGGCACCAUUGUACAGUCUGAAGGAUGACACACGUCUGAUAUAUUUCCAGUUACAUAAAUACAAUGAAAAGUUAUAAACUAAAAUUUUGUCUUGUUUCACUAAUCAUCAAGUUUCAUCAACUAUGAUGCAACAUUUGUUUCAAUGUAUUGAUUGUUAUAACAAUAUUUGUGAUGUGAUUAACUGCCUUAAUUUUAGAAAAUGAUGUUUAGGAACUGCUGAAUUCUGAGACUGUGUGAAAUUUAAGUGUGAGAUGAUACCUAUAAUUAGAUCUGUUGCAUUGUGUGAUGUAAAACAGUAUUGCCUUCACUCAUAACUUCAGUAUAUUCAUAAGCUGAGAUUAAUGUACUGUACUUGGUACACAUAACUUAAGAAUUUCUUUUUUUUUUUUUAUGUAUGCCACAAUGAAAUAUAGUUCAUGGCAAUAUCAAACUGAUGUCCAUAUCAUGUCAUAUUCCCUAAUUUUACAUGUAAGGAGGUAAUUAUUUUGAGUUAUAGGUUAAAAUUUCAUCAUAAAAUGCUGAUACCUUGAGAUAUUUUAGACAUCUCUUAUAAUUGAAUGUUUUUGCUGUUUUGAAAAUUUGCUAGGUAAUAUACCUAAUUCCCACAAUAGCUUAGCAUUUUUUUUUUUUUUUGUGAAUUUUGUAAUAAAGAUUAUUUAGAGCAAAAAAUGCAGUAGUUAAUUGAAAUCAUAACAUAAAUACUCUUGAGCUUAUGCUUAUUUCCAGUAAAAGAAAAGGACAAAUUCAUGCUUUUAAAUGGUAGGAUCGAGUUGCUUGAGUUAUUGAAAUUAUGAUCACAAAUACCCAAAAAUAUAAAAUAACAUACCAAGUGCCAAAUGAUUUAUGUAAUACACUAAAUAAAGUAUUCAACUAAGGGACAAGUGCUUCAGAGUUUCUGGGAAAGCUUUCAACAAUAUUUUUAUUGUAUAUUCAGUAUUUUGAUUCUCUCAAGACUGUGGCUAACAGUAUACAGUGGACCCUCGACCAACGAUAUUAAUCCAUUCCUGAGAGCUCAUCGUUAGUCAAAAUUAUAGUUAGUAGUUAAUUUUCCCCAAAAGAAAUAAUGGAAAUCAAAUUAAUCCGUUCCUGACACCCCAAAGUAUUGAAAAAAAAAUUUUUUACCACAUGAAAUAUUAAUUUUAAUACACACAAACUGAAAAAGACAUGUACAAUUACAUAACACUUACCUUUAUUGAAGAUCUGGUGAUGAUUGAUGGGAUGGGAGGAGGGGAGAGUGUGGAUGGUGUUAGUGUUUAGAAGGGGAAUCCCCUUCCAUUAGGACUUGAGGUGUCAAGUCCUUUUCCGGGGUUACUUCCCUUCUUUUUUUAAUGCCACUAGGACCAGCUUGAGAGUCACUGGACCUCUGUUGCACAACAUAUCUGUCCAUAGAGCUCUAUACCUCCCGUUCCUUUAAGAUUUGUCUAAAAUGGGCCAUAACAUUGUCAUUGUAAUAGUCACCAGUAUGGCUUGCAAUAGCUGUGUUAGGGUGAUUUUCAUCCAUAAAGGUUUGCAGUUCAACCCACUUUGCACACAUUUCCUUAAUCUUUGAAGUAGCCACAAUGGAUUCCACAACUGGCAUAGGCAUCUUAGGGUUAGCCCCAAAUCCUUCAAAAUCUUUCUUAAUUUCCAUACUAAUUCUCACCCUUUUUAUCACAGGUUGGCACUAGAAGCUUUCUUGGGGCCCAUGGUGACUUAUUUUGCAGGUGCAAUCACUAAAAACGCUGUGAUAAUAUGAAAUGUUCCGAUUGUAUGUUUGGAUGCGACCGCGGUGGCUGGCUUGUAAACACUGGCACCCACGGGACAAAUGAGGCGUGUUCAGGCCACACGUGGACGCGUCUCGAAUGGAACGAAUCGCGUUGGUCGAGUGUUUUAGCGCUAGUCAAGGCAAAAUUUUUGCGUUAAAAUGUAUCGCUAGUCGGAUUUAACGUUAUACGAUGCCAUCGUUGGUCGAGGGUCCACUGUAUCCUUAUUAAUUGUAUAACACGUGACAUUUAUGUGUUAAAUUUUAAUUACCAAAGGACACUACUGCAUUAUUGAAAGUUAAGGAAUAGAAUAUCAGAAGCUUUAAUGCAGUACUGUACUUAGAUAAGAGCAUUGCAUAAAAAGAUAACAAUAGUGAGCCUUAAAACAUUAAUGUGAGGUUCCAGAUAGUUUUUAGUCUAUGUAAAUUUAAGCUGUCAUGUUAAAUUGUCUUCAGUGCACAAAUAUUUCAUAAUUAUAAAUAACUUGUGAAAGUGAAGGUUAUGAGACUAGUGUACUGGUUAGUUUUGCUUGUUCAAAGUUUACAUAGGUUUUCUAAAUUCAAGUAAGCUCAUAAGAUGAACCAAAUAAUGGAUAAUGUUAAGUACAUAUAAUUUUGAUUCACUCAGUAAACUGAUUUAAAUAUGUGCAUUAUUUUUUAAUUUUAAUUAGAAUUUAAAUGCAGUAUAUUGUAAAAUCUUAUACAGUUAAGUUCAAAUAUUUUCAAAUUAUAUAAUUAUUUUUAUUUUCAUUUUGUUCGACAAACUUUUGCAGAUUUCAAUUCAUUUUUAUUCUAAGUAUGUUUACAUACAUAGUACAUGAGAGAGUACUACAUACACUUGACUAUUAAUGAAAUUUUGGUCUGUUUUGUUAAAUAGUUAUGCAAGGAUAGAUAAUGAGCAAUUAAACUGCUUAAUGCACAUUUUUGAAAGUGGAAAAUAAGUAAAUUUUCAGAAUUUUCAUUAUUUUAUAUUAGAUACAGCACUCAGUCCUUGUGGGGUAUGUUGUAUAAACUUUGUCGACUUAUAAUAUUCUUGAAAAUGUGUGAUCUUAAAACCCAUGAUAUAUACAAAUAUGACUUGAAUUCCUCACUGUAUCAAAGAAAAUGGGUUGGAAACAAUAAUGUAUUUGGAGUACAUGCUACAGGGUAUGUAGCACCCUGUAUUGUAUUUGGACUACAUGAUAGAGGGAAUAAGUUACCUUGACUAUAUAUGGACUACAUAUGAGAGGGAAUGUAUAUGUUUGGGGACAGAUACUGGGGCAGUGCACAAUUUGUGAUGACAGAUUGAAUUAAGAUCAAGAAAUUUGUUAAUGUUCUGUGAAGGAGUGUUUGUGGCUUGCAGAUAUUUUCAAAUUGAGACAUUAAUUCAUAUAAAAAAUUAGCAUCAUAUACUGUAUUAAUUAAAAUUUGCAUACCUGGUAACUUUAAUUGCUAAAUUCUAGGUUUGAAGCAUUUUUGUGAAUAUAAUAAUUCUAAAUAAAAUACUGUACUGUACUGUAUACUUAAAUUAAGCUUGAACAUAAAUAAAAGUAAAUUUAA